AUGGACGGAGGCAAUCGAGAAGAGGAGGAUCUUCGCCAUAUGCAAGGCCCUGGCCUGGCGGUAGCUUCUUCUUCCCAGUCGCCCUACCCGACCUAUUCCCACGACAACGACAGCCUCUUCGCCCACCUCCCCCCCGACCGGCAGCAGCACGCCCACUACGACGACACCCAUAGCCCUCGCGCCGACUCCCAUCACGACAUCCUGCACGAGUCUCCCACCUCCAUCUCUGUCACAACUUAUGCCGCCCGCAACUUCCACGCUGUAGCUUCAAAUGCUACUUUUCCCGCCCAGGGAGGAGCGUUUGGCAGCCCAGACGAUUUCUAUCGCAGCUAUCGGGGCGUCGAGAUCGCCAACGACAACUCGCUGGCCUCCGUCGCCCAUGACCCAAUGGCCUCGGCCGUGCCCACCACCCGUCAGCCCCCAGCGUCACGGUCAAAUAGCAAUGCUGCCUCGUCCAAGCCCGCCGCUGGACCAGGCACCCGGGUCGGCACCAGGCCGAUGUAUCGCUCAGCUUCUAACCCCGUUGACGACAGAUUUGCGGGCAGUGAUGGGACCAGGAUGCGGUCGGCCACCAGCACCGGCAACACCCUCCCAGCCUCUGCUGCCCGAGCAAGCGUAAAGGAUAUGAAGAAGAAAUUCGAACAGAAGGGGACACAGCCCUCGCCCGAGCCACGGCGUAUCGCAUCGCGGACUAACACCAACGCCAAGGAUGGUGCUGUAAACGGAACAAAUGGGCGCGCAGCGGUUGGAGGUGCACAGUCAUAUUCAUCAUUACGCACAGCCGGGGCGAGUUCAGCCAGAUCUAACUCGUCUCGCGGCACCCAACGGACAAAAUUCCUCGCCGAGGACCAGGUCUCGACGAAUUCCCAGUCCUUUGCGAGCCGGAUCAACAGACCCAAAGGCGCUGCCGCGUCCACUGCGCAUGCAUCCAGGCCCAUGACUCACUUGUCACCCACCACGUCACCGAUUCAACAACCGAACCCUAUGCCUUCUGAUUCGGAUGGACCGCUUUUGUUCGGAGAGAUACGACAAGGAGACCUCGAUGCAGAGACCCCUGGGUACGGGAUAGGAAUCCUCCCAGACUCAACAGCCGAUGGUCCUAUGUGGCAACAUCAGCGGACUCAGUCAGAUGCCGUGGCAGAGCCUGCAUCGCCGACUGACUGGUACCGUGGAGCGGCUUCUCCCCAAAAGAAUGGUUUACCUGACCUGGAAAGCCCUGGAAAGUCGCAUGGCAGGUCACAGAGUGAUCUCGCUGGUGCUAAACUUCCCUCAAUCAACACUAAUGCACAAUUCCGAAGACAUCUAGAUCAAUCGCCUUCGCCUCACGCAUCCUCCUCUUCUCGGCUACCGAUUUCUGUCAAAAAGCUUAACUCGACCUCCAAUCCUGCUAGUCCUGCUUCCACACGGUCCAACUCGCCGGCCGGAUCAAGGCGAGUGCCACCCAGUGGUAGGACAUCACGGCAACAGAGCACUCCAACAUCGCGUGCCAAGACUCCUGUAACCCGGUCAAAGACGCCGACCGCUAGCACGCCUUCUGCCCGUAAGACGGCGACUCCCACGCCAGGCUCGAACAGUGCACGACUGGCGGCCAAUCUAUCACCAGCGUCGAAAAAUUCUCCCCAACUUCGAAGUUCCAGGCCUCGACAGCCAGUGUCUGAAGCGACUACAGCAGCCUCUAGGCUGAGAGCCAUUGACCGGUCCAAGUCUCCACACAAGAACGCAAUCAGACCAUCAGCCAGACCCGAGUCGAGGCAAGAAACGCCAUCGAGUCGAAGGAGGAAGCUGUCCUUGGGCGGUCCCGUUGACUUUGCCGAGCGGCGAGAGACCAUCAAGCUCAAGUACAGCAAGUCAAUCCGUGAAACAGAGGCCAAGCAGGCAAGAGAAGCUGCCGCAGAGAGGAGAAAGAAGGAAUUAGAAGCUGCUGCGAAGGCCAAAGCGCGUGCAAAAGCCAGGGCUCAGGCGCAAGCUGCAGCCGCCGAGGCUGCAGCCGCCUCUGCACAAGAAAAAGAGCGAGAGAAGUCCUCUAAUCCCAUACAGCAAGAAGAGUCUCAAGCAGCACCUGGAGCCGUGCCAACUGGCGAGCAGUCUUUAAGGCUCGAUAUCAAGACACCACCGAGUCCUGUCCGUGUGAACCCACCCGCUUUAGUGCUCGAUUCGCCGACUCUAGGGCUGCCUGGGACUUUUCCAAGCUUCGGUUCACCGCCGCUAGACCACGACGAGGCGCCUCCAUCCGCUAUUUCGGAAACCAGUGCAAUCACUGAAUUUGACAAUGAAACACAGACAGAGCCGCCGGUACCUGAGCAGUCAGUGCAUGCGGUGGUCCCGCAUCGUUGGUCACGCGCUGAGGUCGGGGAACAGCCUCCCCCGCAGCUAACGCCGGGCUACCAGAGAGCAACGUACCGUGACCCGUUUGAAGACAUUGUGGAUCAGGAGACUGUUUCCAUCAAAAUAUCGCUGGACCCAUCAUCCCCACGACCCUCCACCCAGGAAGCACUGCCUGGCGAUGUGGUCGAGGCUGAGCCCGCAAUACCUGGUGCAUUUGGAGACGAUCUUGAGCCCGAAUCAGAGUGCGACUCUCAACACCAUAUUGAUCACGGAGCAGAUGUGGAGCCCGAACCUGAGACUGCAGGCGAGCACUUGAAUGAGUCUCACCUUGAGCCGCGGGGGUUGGGUGAUCGACAGGAGGAUGAGUACGAACCUCAACCGUACGUGGCACAACCAUACCAGACAACUACUGUCACCAUCAUCAGCCGCGAUGCUGGAUUUGGGCCUCCGACGUAUGCUGAGCAAGCUGCACGGAACAUGCUGCCACCACAGGAGCCACGAAUGGAUUCUCUCGAGGAGUUUUAUACUGGGCCACGGUUGAACGACAACAUAGCCAGUCUGAGGGAUUCCACCUUCACAGCGUCUGAUGCCGGCACUUCGGAGGGGCCGUCAGGGUCCGCUGAUGCACAUAAUACUCCCGAUACCUCUAACAGUCUCAACGUCCCUUCAAUGACAACGCCAGCCAAUAGAUCCAGUCAACAGUCGAUAUGGACCGACAUUUCAUACAGUAGUCGAGACUCUAUGACCCGGCGACUUGACUAUCUUGACGAGCAACGACAUAGUGGUGCCGAUGAGUCACGGCCUCAGUCAGCGAGGGAUGAUGAAUCGACAUAUCAGCAUCGAUAUUUUGCAAGUCGUUUUGGUCAUGAUAGAGAUGACGAUACACUCUCUGAGCAAAACCGUCAUCAACACUUGCCACAUCUCGACACCGGAUCGGUAUUUUCGGCAGCCUAUGGCACUGAGGACGAACAUGCACCGUACAUUCCAAGACUGCCGGACCACUCUCCGCCUCCGCCCCCAGAGGAUGCGUCACGGCCCACCAGCGGAUACUAUGACGGUCACAGCGAUGUUCACAGGCCUGAAAGUGCUUUGACAAGGGACGAUCAAGCGUCCAUCAGCUUUCCAAUGUCUCGAAGGGACAGUGAAGAGUACCACGACCAAUCGUCAAGUUCACAGUCACCCGAUGGACGGUCAUUGGCCACCGACAGCGCGACUCCCGCCCAAACUCCAGUGGAGGGCGAUGGCAAAGCAUCGGUAAAUGCAGAUGACAAACCCGCGGGCAAGGGGAAGAAUCGUCUACAUCAGCGAUCCAUGGUCAUCAAAGAGCUUGUGGACACCGAAGCAGUGUUUGUGAGGGACAUGAACGUCAUCGAGGAGAUCUACAAAGGCACGGCAGAGGCGUGCCCGCAACUCGAUGACAAGACGAUCAAAUUGAUCUUCCGUAAUACUGAUGAGAUCAUCAAUUUCCAUACAACUUUCUUAAGCGAGCUGAAAGAUGGAGUCACGAGUGUGUACGUGCCGAAAGGCCGGCGGUCUCCAGUCAUGAAGGAAGAGACAACAAUGUCAGAUGCCACCACAAUUCGAUCAGUCGCUUCGACGACCACGUCUGCCGUGCCUUCGACUGCGGCCUCUUCGACGACGGCGGUCUCACUUUCUGGCACCACGGCGAUGAAUGGGGACACGGAAGAUGCCAAGGACCGACAGACCGUAAUUGGACCGGCUUUCGUCAGGAACAUCGAGCAGAUGAAGGCGGCUCACGAGGGAUUUCUCCGGACGAGCGAUGUUGCCAACAAACGCCUGAUCGACAUACAGCAAGAUCCCACCGUCAAGGUUUGGUUGAAUGAGUGCAAUGAAGUAGCCAAGGAUUUGACAGCAGCUUGGAAUUUGGAUUCUCUCCUGAUCAAGCCAAUGCAGAGAAUCACCAAAUAUCCAAAUCUGAUCUCUCAGCUACUUCAAUAUACUCCCGAGGACCACCCCGACCGAGAGGGGCUCUUGGCUGCGAGGUCAACAGUCGAGAACGCGAUCUUAGAGAUUAACAAGACGAAGAAGAACUUUGAGCUUGUUGGACAGAUCGUGGGCCGAAAGCGCAAAGAAUCAGAUGUGAAGGCUGGCUUUGCCAGAGCAUUCGGAAAGAGGGUUGACAAGCUGCAGACUUCAAGCAACAGGCCGCCCGAGGACCCUGACUAUCUCAAGUUCAAUGAAAAGUUCAGUGACGACUACCUGCGGCUGCAGGUCGUUCUCCGAGACGUCGAGUUCUACACGAGACAAGUUUCCACCUACGUUCAGGCGUUCCUGGAUUAUCUGUCGGCUAUAGAGCUCGUAACUCGACUGCAGCCAGGCCCCUACCCAGAACUGGAAAGCAAAUGGGUCCAGUUCAAUGUGUCUAUGAGAGACAUCAAGAAGGUUGCAUUGGAUCAGCAUCUGUUACAAAUCCGCAAACAUGUCAUCGAGCCAUUCGAGCUUGUAAUUAGAAGUUACCAAAACCCCCUCUUGGCGAUGAAAAAGCGCAACAAGAGGCGGCUCGACUAUGAAAAAUCUGUCCAGCUCAAGAAGGGCGGCAAGAAACUGGACAAGCAGCUUGCGGAAUUGGUGGAGCAUUACGAGGCUUUGAACGACACCUUGAAGAAAGAACUCCCGCAACUCUCUGCUCUUACAGAGAAGGUUGGCAACAUCUGUCUCGAGAACAUGAUCAACAUCCAGGCGAAAUGGUGGCUCAUAUGGAAGGAAAAGAUCCGCGUUGUAGCCUCCAUUACUGACCUGCCGGAGGUCACGGAGAUAGUGAGCACUUUCAACCGCGAUUUUAGAGACAUGGAGGAACAGAUCAUGGGUCUGGGCAUUCUCAACCCAACUGUGAAAACUCGGACUUCACAGUCUACAACCGACGACCACACGAUCUCCAGGAUCAAGUCGAAGGCUUCUGAUCUUGGCACGACUCGCGGUCGCAACAUGUCUGUCACAAGUGACCAAGCCCCGGUUCUGCCGGCACCAGAUUUCGCCAGGCAGCACAGUGGGAACGGGCAUUUGGCAAGGUCGCCCUCCGCCGCAGCGCCCAGCUCCAACAGCUAUUUCUACCGCGACUACUACCAUGGCCUGAACUCGCGCGGUCCAGCAUCACCCACAUCAUCCGACUUUUCCAACCAACCGCGUUCGUUUCCCGCCAUGACGCCACGGCCAGGCACAGGACGCAGCUUCGACUCUGCCGGAGUUCCGCGCCCCAGCAUUGAUUCUGCGGCUCCUGUCCACGUGCGCCGCGACUCGAAUUCGACAAGCAAUGCUCCGCCGUCUGCCACUGAUGGACGCCGUGGAUCGGGGCUGUUUCACUCGGCCAUGCCUCUGACGGAGAGCACAGAAGAAUUGCAGCGCUCCUCCCGAGCAUCUUCGCGCGAGCGAUACAUUUCGAAAGGCUACAAUGUCCUAUGGCUCGCCGCAUCGCUUUUCGAGUUCAACAUCGAGACAACGAAACAUGAGGCUGGUUAUCCUUACUUGACAUACCAAGCCGGCGAAAUUUUCGAUGUCAUUGCCGAGAAGGGCGAGCUGUGGCUAGCCAAAAACCAGGACGACCCCAAUGACCUUGUGGGCUGGAUCUGGUCCAAGCACUUUGCGAAAUUGGCAGACUCUUAG